UUAACCGCCACCGCUUCCGCGUAUUUUGGCUCAGAUCUCGAGACUUCACAUCCAAAUCUCACUUUUUCUCACUUUUGCAAUUUGUUGUGCUUUGAAGAUGAAGGGUUUGGCAAGAAUACUUUGGCUGGUGGCUCUAUUUCAUCAAUCCAAUAUUGCUGUAUCAAAACUCGGGGAACCGAUACUGACAAGAGCGUCCAAUGAAACUAGCGCUGAGGCACUACCAAAGGCAAUAGUCGUUCCCAAGGAGAAGCGAAAACUUCAGAGCCUUGUUGGUCUUGGCGGGCGCCCCGCCAGUCAAUUCAUUCCCCUUGGGUUGUGCCAAGGCGACUGUGACAACGACGGCGAAUGUGACAAGGGGCUGCGCUGCUUCAAGCGAAAUGCCCACGAUCCUGUUCCAGGUUGCGACGGCGGGGAGAGUUACAAUGCGGGAACAGAUUUUUGUAUCCCAGUAGGCGGAACAGGAACAGGAACAGGAACUACAACAAUAAGCAAUCCGUCGCCCCCUUCUGCUCGUGCCUCCGCGAGGAAUGGUGGUAGCAUGGGUCUCUGCGAUGGAGACUGUGACGGUGAUUCGGACUGUCAGAAUGGGCUCGUCUGCUUCCAGAGAAGUAGAGGGGACCCGAUUCCACCGGAAUGCCCAAGCUUGAAUCGGGGCACGCAAAUCGAUGUGUGUGUCCCAGCUCCUACUCAAGCUGCUCCAGCUCCAACACCAGCUGCUCCAGCUCCAACACCAGCUGCUCCAGCUCCAACACCAGCUGCUCCAGCUCCAACACCGAGUGGCCCAGCUAUGGGAGUCUGUCAAGGUGAUUGUAACACAGACUCGGACUGUCAGAGCGGCUUGAUAUGCUACCAGCGGAACUCAGGCGAGCCCAUUCCCCAGGGUUGCUCUGGUAAUAUCAACAGCCCAGAAGACUUUUGCUUUGACCCGCACAACCUGGAAGACUACUCAGAAGAACAGGACGCAGGGGGAGGUUCACUAACCAAUCCCUUCCAUCUCAAGAUGUACUGGGAAGAGGGGUACACUUGGCAAGAUGAAACCAUUGAACGCAAAUGGUGCGUCAUGCGCGACUAUAAUGGCUACCCAGGACGAGGCAAAUGCUGGUACGGUCUCGAUACAAGACCCUGCAACCCCUAUCACGUCUAUACGGCCAGGUGCAACAAUGACGAUCGGCAACAAUGGCAAUUUGAACUCGUCAACGACUCGGAAGUACUCAUCAAGGCGUACGGAUUGAACUAUUGCCUGCAACGUGUGGGUGUCGAGAUUGAAAUGCGAAUUUGCAAUAGCGGUCUGGUGACGCAACGUUUCUUUGCCAUUCGCGGUGGAUUCAAUGAGUACCGAUUCGAAAUCAGCAUGAAGACGUCCACGAGGUAUUGCUUUAACCAGGCCCAUCACCCCAAGGCAGGAGAAGUCAUGGCCAUGUAUCCGUGUUCUCGUACUCGUGAUCCCGAGCACCAGACGUCGUGGUGGGAGUUGGCGUAGGCAACGAAACAAGCAAGAAGCCCCUUGUGUACAGAAUUUUUAAGAGGGCUCUUUUGAAAAUGACCUAUUGAUGUGAUGCAGGAAACAUUGUAUUGGACACCAGGCUAUAGACAAAAAACAAACAAACCACAAUCAAAGCGAGCGCCGAACAGGAACGUUCUUGGCAGUCUCCUGAAAGAAAUACUCAUUCACAACACCAAUUCACACCCCACUUGGUGUUUCAUAAUUUUAUUUAUUGAUAAGUGAUUACUGAUUCUCUACCGGU